UCCACAGAGGGUCCACAAAGUCGGACCUUUUUGCUCUUACCCUUUACAAAGAAGACGAUCCAUCCGUGAAAUCCCUAAUUCCAGAAACCAGAACAGCGACCAAACCUAAUUUUCCUACUUUCCUUUCCACUUUCCAAAUCAACUCUCUCUCUCUCUCAUCUGUUUCUGACACAGAUUAAUCUCCCCAAGUGCUUAAAUCUCAUUUUUGAGUUUCCGAGAGUUGGGAAAUAAAUAAUCACAAGUUGAGUUGGAGUUUCGGUUGAUGGAAUUAGAAAGGAAGAUAUGAGCAGAGGGAAAGAUGAGGAGAAGAUAGUGGGACCCAUGUUCCCAAGAUUACAUGUAAAUGAUGCAGAUAAAGGAGGGCCAAGAGCGCCUCCAAGGAAUAAGAUGGCUCUUUAUGAGCAACUCAGUAUUCCAUCUCAGAGGGGCAAUUCUGCUUCUGGGGUCGUUCCUCUCAACCCCAACUUCUCAGCCAAUAUGGUUCCUUCGGCUACCUCAAGUCAGGCAAGUGGUGUUGAAAGAUAUUUAGUAUAUCCGCGUCAUUUACCCCCAUCAACCCCUACCCAUUGGUCUGAAAAGUUCCAAGCUCGUCAUUCUGAUGUAUUAUUGUAUGGAAAUGCUCCGGAGGCACAGCUUGAACAGAGAGAGAAGGUUGAACGGAAUGAAGAUUUUAUUGUUCCUGUAUUUGUUCAAGCUAGGGUCAAUCAAAGCCAUGAUAGAAGUCAAAACAGUAUUGGCAGGGAAACAUUUGCUUCCAUUAGCUCCACUCGUUCUGGGCAGCCAGUGGAACAACAAAGUAUCUCUACUAAGGAGCCCAAACAUAAUAAUUUUACUGCUGUCAGUAAAAGACAAGACGUGAAAAGUGAGAGCAACGAGAACAUGACGACAUGCGGCGAAAGUGCGAGGGGUUGUGUCAUAUCUGCCACAGAUACAUCGUCCAGAGAAAAUACUGAUGGGCUCUUGAAGGAAGCCAAAGCAACUUCAAAUCAACACCGUGGAGGGCAUGUCGGGUCUAAUUUGAGCAGGUUACAUGAUGGAGAAGCUUGCUUACAUCAAGAUUCGAGAACUAACAGACAACUAGAUAGUGCCAAACGGGGGGAUGAUAUUGUUGACUCUACAAGGGAUAUAGAGAGGGAAAAUGCCUCCCAGCCAAGAAGCGAGUCCUGUUGUGAGGAGGAUAAUAGUGGGCCCAAGGAACCUGAGACUGAUAGUAAAUAUAAUAGCAAUAGCAAUAGGACGUGCAUUUCCUCACAGAUUGAAAAUGUCAAUAAAGGCGAUGAUCUCUCUGAGACCUCAAUGGUCGAUUCCAUAUCAGGCGUGGACAUCUCUUCUGAUGAUGUUGUAGGAGUAAUAGGUCAGAAACAUUUCUGGAAAGCAAGAAAAGCGAUUACCAUUCAGCAAAGAGUGUUUGCAGUACAAGUAUUUGAGUUACAUAGAUUAAUAAAGGUCCAAAGACUGAUAGCUGGAUCACCACAUCUGAUGCUUGAAGAUGGUGCUUUCUUGGGAAAAUCUUCCUUAAAGGGUUCUCCAGUGAUGAAACUCCCGCCGGAGUAUUGCAUAAAGUCACCCCCUCGUGUUUCUAAUUGCAAAGACGAUUCCAAGAAGCCAAACCAUAAAAUGGAAUGUUCUGCAGAAAAUGCUGUUGGGAAAACAUCUCUUUCUUCUGUGCAAAGUGGUAGUCAGUCUUUGAAUUAUGGACCUUAUAUGGGAAAUCCACAGCCAGUGGUUGCAAUGACGGAUAAUAAAAUGGGUCCUUGGUCACCAGGGCCUCAAUGGUUGGUUCCUGUAAUGUCUCCUACUGAAGGACUUGUAUACAAGCCGUAUUCUGGACCUGGGUUAAUGGGAACAUCAUGUGGAGGGUAUGGACCAUUUGGCUCCGCCCCUGGGACGGGUAAUUUUGUGAGUUCAUCAUAUGGAAUUUCAGCUUCUCAUCCUCAAGGAUUUGGGGUUCACCCUGGCACUUCUCCAGUUUGUCAUACAUACUUUCAUCCAUAUGGCAUGCCUGUCAUUAAUCCAGCCACUUCAGGUUCAACCGUUGAACAAGCGAACCCGUUUGUGAGACCAGAUCCACAAAGUCAAACUGGUCCGGCACUGGGAGGGGGAGUCAACUUAAGCAUGGAGCAACAAAGCUUUUGCCAUGUGCCAACGCAGAAGAAUGGAUCAGUUUCCCAAGCCACGAAGCUUCAGGCAUCUGAAAGGAAUGAUUUACAUGGGAGUACGGGCAGCAGUCCUGGUGAGAGAGCAAAUGGAGUUGGGAUCCUUCACAAUGCCGAAGAAAGAGACCCUCUUCCGCUUCUUUUUCCUAUGGCUCCUGUGGUUCCGGAGGGAGCUACCGAUUCCCAGGAUGCCAACCAGCCAACCCGAGUAAUCAAAGUUGUGCCGCACAAUCCCAGGUCUGCAACCGAAUCAGCUGCUCGAAUUUUCCGAUUUAUACAGGAAGAGAGAAAACAGUACGACUCUGUCUAAGCUCAUUUCCUGUAGGUCACUUUUUGGUAUGGUCUUGGAGUUCUCUCCUAUGUCUUUCUUGGGUAUGGUAAUUUUGUAAUGGGAUCUCUCUUUCCUUUUCUUUUUUUUUUUUUUUUUCUUUUACCAGAAUCGUAAACUCGUGUAGAUAGAUAGCUCUGGAAGAUGACCAGCUGGUCAAUGUAAUAUGAAUAUGUCUUUUCAAAUUGCGUGUUCUAAGUUUUGGGGGUAAGUGGAGGCAGAAUUUUGAAAUUA